AUUGCUGCAGAAGGAAGAUGUUGGAAUGACCCAGGAAAAUGAAUAUCACGUCUAUGAGUCUCAGAUCAGGGCAAUCACGGAUCUUGCAAAUCACACACCUCUUUGAUGAGGUGUGAGGAGCGUCGCUGGCAAAGGAGGUAGCAUUGUAGUGGUUACAACACCUGAUGAGCCAGUGUUCCAGGAAUUGAAUUUUGACUUAUUUGGACAAUGGUCCAGUUGAAAAAGCUGACAGCUUUGUAACAGCUUUUCAAGGCUUAUACGAAGAUGAAGCUGUUGAACCGAUACUUUCCAUUAGUGCUUAAUUUCCAAAUUAAUCCUGAUUCUUAUUUUUAUGAAGUUCUGGUAAAGACCAAAACACUAAGGAAAUGGCAGUCCCAAUGCUAAUCCUGUGGUAUGGUCUCUUAAUUUUAUUGUAGUAUAAAUGGGAACAGCGGCUAUAAAGUUUGUAUUCUGCCAAUACAGUCAUUACCAGAGUUUAGGAUCCCACCAUCAAAUUUUAGUGGCUUUUUUUUUUUGUGGUUGUUCCUUUUGUCUAUUUUUCUAAGCAAACUAAUUCACUAAUUCCAUUUGAAAGUUUGGUGACACAAAGUAGACUCUAAUUUCGUUAAGAUUAGUGCUUCUUUAAUGUUACAAUCAUUUUGCCAUGUUGGAAGACACUUUUUUGGAAGAAGACAUCUGGGAAUAUAAAUCCAAAAGAAAGCCAAAGUCGGUACGUCCAAGUAGUUCUGAGAAUAUUCCAAAAUCUGUUGAAAAAGCAACAGAUGGAAAAUACCCAUCAAAACGAAACAAAAAUAAAAAAAGAACUGUAGUAGCUAAAGAGAAGGCAAAGGACCCUGAAAUUUGCCUGGGAGAAACAGAUAAUGAGAUUUCUGUAGUUUCUAGUCAGGGUUCUAGUUGUGGUGAUGGUACCCAGCAGUCCCAAGACAAGGAGACCACCCCUGGAAAGCGGCGUAAGACUCAAAGAAACCAAGCAUCUCCAAAGAUACGUCCAGUUUAUGAUGGACACUGUCCAAACUGCCAAAUGCCUUUUUCUUCAUUGCUGGGUCAGACACCUCGAUGGCAUGUCUUUGAAUGCUUGGAUUCUCCCCCGGUUUCUGAAACAGAGUGUCCUGAUGGUCUUCUAUGUACUUCAACUAUUCCUUCUCAUUACAAGAAAUACACUCACCUCCUCCUGGCUCAAAGCAGGGCUAGUCAUAGUCCUUUCAGCAGUCCAGCCCACAGGCCAGCUGGCAGUUUUGCUGAAACUGAUUCCGUCUUUCCUUGUGACCCAGAGGGAGGAUGGUCUCUGUAUCAGAAACAAACCAAAAACGUAAGUGUUUCAACUGAUGCCUGGUUGGUGACGCAGCGUCUAAGAAAAUCUCAGUCUCCAGCUGAAACCAAUAAAAAGAUUUCCUCUUCUACAAAUAGCCAAACCUCCCCACAAGUUCCUCAGUUUACAGAAUUUGUUAAUAAUGGCAAACUAGUAGUGGGUUUGCCCCUUGCUGAAGAAUUAGGCAGCCAAAACAGCUCAGAACACAUGAAUUUGUCAUUGCCAGAAAAUGACUUAAGCAACGGUGAAAUUUCCUAUUCUCCACUACAAAGUGAUGAAGAACUUUUUGAUGGAGAAGAGCUGACUGAGGCCCAACAGGAUCUAUUUUUUACAGAAAGCUCUAAAGAUGGCAGCCUAGGAGAUGACAACAGCUUCACAUUGGUUAAACGCCACGGUCUCUCAGACCAGAAAGAGAAUGGCCCCCAAGUAAAUAGCUUAACUCAAGAUGAAUACAGUGAAAAAAUGUACAGAUGCAGCCCUCUAAAUGAUUCAUCUCCAGUUAGGUUCCGGAAUGAGAGUAGUAGUUUCAGUGAUGAUCCAGCAUCUCCUAAUGGUGAGUUUUUGUUGUUUCCACCUGCGUUAGUAGAGAGACCUAUCUCUAAUUAUCCAGCUGCUAACACAGAAGUGGACCAGCCGGAACUGCUCUCAAGUAAACAGAAACAGGUAGUUGAAGAAUCAGCUGUUUAUGAUCAGAUUUCCCUUCCCUUAUUUAAGAGUGAAAUGUCAAAACCUUUUGAAAGCCAGGGAGAAGGAUGUCUUUCUUUCCAUCCAACCCCAAGUAAAAUUGGAAAAUUACCAAGUAAGAACAUCAGUACUAAGAAUAAUGCUAAUACAAAAUGUCUCUACAGAAAGGCAUUAGAUGGCAUGCUGGACAGUACAGUGUCAAAGACACAGAAAUUUUCUAGUGUUCCUGCUGCUGCUAAGCCUUUGAAAACACCACCAUCCUGUCCUACCUCUAAUGCAGCACACCCAUCUGCCAAGGCCAUGAAACAAAUGGAUAUUGGUGUGUAUUUUGGACUACCACCUAAGAAAAAGGAAGAGAAAAUGCUGGGGGAAAGUGCAUUAGAAGCGAUGAAUUCAAAUCCAAAUCAAACAAAGACCCGGCAGUGUAAGAGGAAAGCAGAAAAGUCUUUAAGUGAUUUAGAAUUUGAUGCACAGAAUUUAAAUGAAAGUCAGCUGUCUGUGGGAUUAUCUAGUCCAAGGUCACAACAUCAAAGAAAGAGACAUAAAAAAUCAGAUUCACUGCAGGAAGGAGCAUAUCAGAAGAGGUCAGGUCGCCUUACCAAUACAGAAUCUGAAGCAGUCACUUUAAGUAGAGACAUACCAGCUUGUCGCAGGCUGCCGAGAGGGAACAUGAAAAUUCCAGAGCCAUAUAACAUGAGCGAAAUAAGAAAAAGGACAUGUCCAUUCUAUAAGAAAAUACCUGGGACUGGCUUUACCGUAGACGCCUUCCAGUACGGGCUGGUGGAAGGCUGCACUGCUUAUUUUCUCACCCACUUUCACUCUGACCACUACGCUGGACUGUCUAAACACUUCACCUUGCCAAUUUAUUGUAGUGAGAUAACUGGCAAUUUGUUGAAGAGCAAACUUCAUGUGCAAGAGCAAUAUAUCCAUCCGUUGCCAAUGGACACUGCAUGUACAGUGAAUGGUAUCAAUGUUGUUUUGCUGGACGCCAACCACUGUCCAGGCGCAGUGAUGAUCCUUUUUUAUCUUCCGAAUGGGAACGUCAUCUUACACACCGGCGACUUCAGGGCGGACCCCAGCAUGGAGCGUUCUUUCCUGGCAGGCCAAAAAGUCCACACGCUUUACCUGGAUACCACGUAUUGCAGCCCAGAAUACUCCUUUCCGUCUCAGCAAGAGGUUAUCCAGUUUGCCAUCAACACUGCCUUUGAGGCUGUAACCCUAAACCCACGUGCUCUUGUGGUCUGUGGUACUUAUUCUAUUGGAAAAGAGAAAGUCUUCCUAGCCAUUGCUGAUGUUUUAGGGUCAAAAGUGGGAAUGUCCCAAGAAAAAUAUAAAACAUUACAGUGCCUCAAUAUACCCGAAAUUAAAUCUCUCAUCACUACGGACAUGUGCAGUUCACUGGUCCAUCUUCUCCCGAUGAUGCAAAUUACCUUUAAGGGUUUACAGAGCCAUUUGGAGAAGUGUGGUAGGAAAUAUGAUCAAAUUUUGGCUUUUAGACCCACAGGUUGGACACAUUCUAAUAAGUUUACUAGUGUAUCGGACAUCAUUCCCCAGACCAAAGGAAACAUUUCAAUAUAUGGAAUUCCUUAUAGUGAACACAGCAGCUACAAAGAAAUGAAACGCUUUGUUCAGUGGCUGAAGCCCCAGAAAAUCAUCCCCACCGUGAAUGUCGGCACCUCAGCAUCUAGGAGAACAAUGGAGAAAUAUUUUAAAGAGUGGAAACUGGAAGCUGGAUAUUGAUGUGGCCUGAAAGGACUCAGAAUUAGUUAAGCAACUUAGGUGCAGCUGGCUAGGAGUUAAUUCUUCAGUGGUAUGGAAUACACUUCAUGUAGAAACCUCACAGAGGCCACCCACAGUGCUGAUUCCCUCACCGUUUUUGAACAGCGUGGCUAUAGUGCUGAAAGCCUCUCAGCACCACCGUGAUCAUGGAGACCCGUGAGUCCCUGCCCCACCCCACAGGACACCUGUGUUCUGCAUCCAGUGUCAGAAGUAGAAACAAAGAGGUCCAGGGACCAAAAGGAUUUGUAUGUUCAUGGACUGGAGGUGAUAAACAUCAGUAAUUAUGUAUCACUAAGGUUAUUUAAUAUGGGGCAUAUUUUUAUGAGCUCAA